ACGCAAAGGCCACGCGACCUUAGCCUCCAUAGAAGGUGUGGAUAUUGCCGACGGGAGUGACGCUGCCUAUCUGGAGGCCCCCCCCCCUUCCUCACCACCUGCGCCGCUCGUCCCAAUUGCCCGCAGCCUUGGUCACGAUCUCUCGGUCCCCUCUUCUUUUAUCUUUGUCCUCUGAAGCUGCAAGCGAAUCGCAAAUGUCCAAGACGUCGCCAGUGACGAUCCGCCGGGCGGGGCCCAACGACGGGGUGCCGUCGCGUGACGAGCUCAGCGCAACGCCCGGCGGGCAGAACCUCUUUGGCACCACGCCUGGCGGCUCCCGAAUCGUCUACUCGCGAGAGCAGCUCCUCUCGCUGGCGUCGAGCCCGCUCUCGCAGACGCCGCCACGCCACCUGCCACUGAGUGCAAUUCCAGCCGAGAUUUCGCGAUCGCCCGAGAAGUCGCAGGUGAGCGUCAAUGGAGGCGGCGUCGGCGGAGGUGGAGGAGGAGGAGGAGGAGGACUUGGAAGAGGAGGAGGCGCCGGACUCGCCUCGUACACCAACGGCGGACAAUCGGGCGUGGGUGCCAAUGGGCCUGGCUUCGGGGGCGCAGGCUCGCUUGGCCGCUCGCCCGAAAAGGCAAGCCUCCGUGGGCUGGCAGCGGGCAACCGUGCAUUUGGAGCGACGCCUGGCGCGGCGACGGCGACAUUCGAGCACGCUGGUGCGUCUCGCAGCCCGGGAACGGCCUUCAACUUUUCAAAGGGACCCGUUAGCCCUUCGUCGGCGGGACAGCAGCCGGGCAGCUUCCGGGAAAAGCUGGCCAUGCAGUCGAGUCCCACCAAGGCCUCGGUCGAGGGCGUCGACGGCGAUCGCCGGGUGCAGCCUCAGACGGCCGAGUCGGGUCCGGGACCAGCGUCGGGCAGCCUUGCGGGAGGGGCCCACACCGGCGACGAGCAAUUCGACAUGGAGAUGUAGGCAGGGGUGGUGCGGCACGAGAAACGCUAGGCCGAUGGGGAAGCGAAAGGAAGGAGUAAGAAUCAAGAAGAGAAGAACAAGUGGGAGGGAGAGGGUUAGAAAGGUUGGGGGGCACAAGACACACCAACGAAUGCAUCACGCAAACAAGCAAGAGCAAGGGCAAAGGGCAGCAGUAGCGUGCUUGCUUCCUCUGUAGCAUCAGAUUUCUCAACUUUCAUCAACUUCAUGAAUACACCAUAGUCUAACGAGC